CUUCAUUAUGUGUCAGUUUAUCAGUCAGUCAGAGCUAGAGGGCACGGCAGCUUCUGCCACCACAGCGAGGCAUGUUAGAGGAAGUGGUCUGGUGUGUUAGCUUUACUGUGAUUAUUGUACAAUGAAAAUAAAAAUAUGUAUCGUUUUGCUAUUUCAGAUGACGAGUUAGAUUCUGUGAUCCCAAAGACAGACUGGCAUGAGACACACACAUUAGUGACAUCUGUAAAAAUAAAGACAUCACCAGUUAACAGCUGCAUUUAUUGCUUUUUGGACUCCACUGGGUGUAUGUAAUGUCAUCUAAGCAUUUAUCUGUAAGGCCCUUAUAUAAUUACAAAUCUUGUUAAAAAUAUAAAGCUUUCCAUUAACGUAGAGUCAUUAGUGAUACAGUGUGCAGGAGGCAUUGUUUUACAUCCAGAUCAAUAAAGGAUUUACAUAUAUAAACUGGAAAACAAGUAAAUAGACUGCUCUGUGGAUUUAAUCUGUGCUGCAAAUUAAUUAGUGUGAACAAUUUAAACGUACUAUGACAACAGAAUACUAAAACUGUCCCUUCAAAUAACCUGAGGUCAUGAGCUGCUGUAGGCCUGUCAGUAGAUCUGGUGUUUUCACAUGAACAGGUUUCCACCUGUGAUAAACAUGUUCAGCAUGUUUCAGAUGUGAUGAACCAUGUGCAACAGCCUCAUGUAUUGAUUCAGCUAUUAAUUUGUGCUAUUUAUGCAUUACCUCGUUCAGUCUUUCACUUUUCCCACUGCUGCAGCUAUGUGCACAGACACAUUAACAGAGGCAGACAGUGACAGGGGUAUAUAAAGUAAACGGGGCAUACACACACUGUUGUAGUAUGAGUGGAGGGACGCGCACACUGUGCAGCUCCACGCGUCCAGCCUGGAAAACCACCAAACUGCAGACUUAAGCUCAAACAACCUGGACUUUUUAUAUUCUUCCCGCACCACUUUCAGUCCAGAUCAGGUGACUGGAAACAGCCGCAAACAACGUGAUCCAGAGCCACGGCUCAAGUUUGUGUUGUUAUUUCUGAGUGGGGUUUUUCUGGACCUGAAACUUUUAGCCCCUUGGGAGAAACUGCGGCGGACAUGCCGGGGUUUGUGGCGUUGUUGGCCGCGAUUGCAGUCCUCUCGGCCGUGUUAAGGAGUUCCGUGGCCGGGGUGGAGGGCUCCGUUGCUGCGGUGAAGAGCUCCGCUGUGCCCGCGGUGGAGAGGACAGCGGCUGGGGGGAGCAUCUCCGCGUUGGCCGGUGUGGGAAGCUCGGGGGACGUGGGCAGGGGAGCGCAGAGGGCCGGCUGCCCUGGCCGCUGUCGGUGCGAGGUGGACGGACUGUUGCACCGCGUGGAUUGCUCGGACCUGGGACUCCGGGAGAUACCAGCCAACCUGAGCGUCUUCACGUCGUACCUUGAUCUCAGCAUGAAUAAUCUGAGUGUGUUGUCCAGUGGAGGUUUGUCCAGUCUGCACUUCCUGGAGGAGCUACGUUUGGCAGGAAACGAUCUGUCGUCUGUUCCCAGAGGAGCGUUCGCCGGCCUCUACAACCUCAAAGUACUGAUGCUUCAGAACAACCAGCUGACUUCUGUGCCGGUGGAGGCUCUGAGCGAUCUGCCCACCCUGCAGGCCAGGCAUCUCAACAACAAUAGGAUUGUUUCUAUGGGAACGAACUGUUUCCACGGACUACGCAGUCUGGAGACGCUGGAUUUGAACUACAACAGUCUGGUGGAGUUUCCCACGGCCAUCCGCUCGCUCAGCCACCUUAAGGAGCUUGGUUUCCAUAGUAACAGCAUCCAGUCUAUCCCGGAGCAUGCCUUCAUUGGGAACCCCUCACUGAUCACCAUAUUCUUCUUCAACAACCCCAUCCAGUCUGUCGGACGCUCAGCAUUUCAGAACCUGCCAGAACUACGCACGCUCUCUCUGAACGGAGCGGCAGAUCUCACCGAGUUUCCAGAUCUGACAGGGACCAAGAGCCUGGAGAGCCUGACUAUCACGGGAGCUCGGAUCACCUCACUGCCCAGCUCAGUGUGUGAGCAGCUUCCAAACCUGCAGCUCCUUGAUCUCUCCUAUAAUCAGAUCCAGACUCUUCCAAGCUUCUCUGGUUGCGAGAGCAUUCAGAAGAUUGAUCUGCACCAUAAUGACAUAGAGGAACUGAUGGAGAACACCUUCCAUGGUCUGCUGGUGCUGCGCUCUGUUGAUUUAUCAUGGAACAGGCUGUUGUCGGUGAAGCCGAACUCGUUCUCUGCUCUGCCUGCACUCACCAAACUUGAUCUUUCGUCCAAUCAGCUGUCAUCUCUUCCUCUGAAUGGUCUGCAGAGUGUAACCCACUUGCGACUGGCUGGAAACGAUCAGCUGAUGGAGCUCAUACCUCAAGAAGACCUGCCCCGAGUCAGGGUGAUGGAGCUUCCUUACGCCUUCCAGUGCUGUGCCUUCAUCUCCUGUGAGAGGCGAGGAGGAGGUUUGUCCUGGGAGAGAGAGGAGGCAGCAGAAUCUGCUGGGAGAGACACCAUCAUCCUCUCCAGCCAAGUCGAUCAGGACUGGGAGGAUUUUCUGAUGGAGUUUGAAGAUGAACCAAAGCCUCAACACUCUGUCCACUGCAGCCCUGCACCAGGACCAUUCCGCCCUUGCCUCCAUCUACUCAGCAGCUGGUUGAUCCGUGUGGGGGUGUGGCUUAUCGCAACACUGUCAUUGGUCAGCAACAGCCUGGUUGUCCUGUCAGUCUUCUUCUCCCCAGCCACUUCACUGACGCCAUCCAAGCUGCUGAUUGGCCUGCUAGCCCUGGUGAACGGUCUGAUGGGAGUGUGGUGCAGCUGGCUGGCAGCAAUGGAUGCCUGGACGUUCGGUAGCUUCUGGAGGUAUGGGGCAAAGUGGGAGAACAGCUUCCUGUGUCGACUCAGCGGCUUCCUGUGUGUGUUUGCAUCACAGACCGGCCUCUUUCUGCUCACUGUCGCAGCUCUGGAGCGAUGCUUGGCCAACGCCGCUCACUGCAAAACUGAUGGGCACGCUGGUCGCACCUUGUCACCACUCUCCGUCCGCCUGUCUGUCCUUGUGUGUUUCUUGUUGGGCUUGGCCGUUACAUUGCCCCCCCUGGUGGCCAGUCACAGCAGUACCUCCCUCUGUUUGCCACUGCCUUCCUCUUCCUCCUCAUCCUUCCUGGCUUUCUCCGUCUCCCUGGUGCUCCUCAACUUGCUGUGUUUCCUUCUCAUGACGCUUGCCUACACUCGCCUCUACUGUCGUGCCAGCAAAGCUCCGCCCGCCUCAGAGGAGGAGGCAGCGUUGACUCGACAUGUAGCCUGGCUGCUCUUCUCUGACUGCCUCCUCUACCUCCCAGUGGCCUUCCUCUCCUUCUCCUCCCUGCUGCGCCUCCCUGCCACUGGGCCAGAGGCAGCAAAGGGAGUGCUGCUGCUUGUAGCACCACUGCCUGCCUGCAUUAACCCACUGCUCUACCUCCUCUUCAACCCGCUCCCCAGGGAGGAGCUGGCAGCGCUGGUCAAAUGUACCCGUGGGCCUGUGGUGGUGCAAAGGCUUCACAGGACAGGAGAAGGAGGCAGUGCUGGAGGAACAUCUGAGCUGAGCACACUGGAUUCAACAUAUGAUGAGGAUGCAGAGAAACAGUCAUGCAACUCAACACAGGCCCUGGUGGCGGUUGGAGGCAUAAAAGAAGAUGAGGAGGAUGAGAGAGGAAGAGGAAGGAGUGAAACACAGCAUUCAGUGGCUUUUGUUGUUCCACGUCACUAGACUGACAGACAAAACACACACAAAUACAUAUCCAGGGUUUGAGGGGGUCACGUGACAUACGCCAAACAACAAAAGAAGUGAAACAUGUGCACCUCAGCUGGGUCAAACCACAGCAGACAAGAGUUAAACCUAAAGAAGUUACAACUCAAACAUAAAUAUAACAAGCAGCUACAGAUGCAAUUCUAGCCCCGUGUGCUUCUUCAUUAGCUGAUGAGGGUAAGCAGUUGGCGUCGCUAAUACCAAAUAUUACAUAUCCUAUUACAGUAAUUAAGUAAUUCUGACCUGCUUCAUAACAUUUAUUUCAUCAUUUUUUUGCCACUGAGAGGGAAAAUUGCAAUUGAGGCUGUUUUAUUCAGACGUUAAGGAGAAACCUGCUUCACAAAGGUUUGUGAUGUGGAUGAACAAUAGCGUUGCACCUAAUCUACACACAAUAAUUACACAUAGGUGCACAAAAGACAUGAAAACAGCACAUGAGCCAUGAUAAAACAAAAUCCUGAAAAUGUCCUUGUCAGUCAUGUUACGGAGUCACACAUAUGAUGAGAUGUUAGAUUUUAAUUAAACAUGAUGAAUUUCUUGUAUUAUUAACUGUAGCAUUAGAACUGCUAAUGGUUAAAUCCAGCUGCUGUGGCUGUGAUGUCACCUCUCCUACAGUAGAUGAGAGUCUCGUGUCUGUUUCCACAACGUCAGUCAAUCCAAACCCGUUGUUUCUCAACAAGUACUGGUCAGAUUUCCAUGGCAUUGAAUGUGGAUGCAUCCUUUACAUUUUAAUGACCCCACAACCAUUCAUCCAGCGCCACCAUCAGGACAAACAUGGUAUGUUUAGCUUCGUGACCUUGUGGCUGUAUUGGAUAAUGCAGUCUGUCGGGGCUUCACCAGGCUUUUAUCAGGUGAAAGACUUCAUUUUGGACACCACACACACAAACACAAUACACAGGAGAUGGGACUGUGUGGCAGCAAAUGAAGCAGAGGAAGAAAACUGCACACACACCGCCCCUUUCUCACUUCUGUCUUGUUGUUUAUGCUUGUCUCUCUGUCAUUUUUAACUUUUUUUGUGCUAAAAACUGUCCAGUAAGUCUGAAGAAGUGAUGACUGGCCAGUCCUGGGCUGCAUGCCACAAGAGUUCAGCAGCUUUUAUUUUGAAAAAUUGCCAGAUUUACAGCGUUGUGUUGCCAAACAUCCGAUCGAAUGUUUUGCCAAAUGCUGCUGACCAUUUUCUGUGUGUGUGUUCGUGUCUGCAGGCUGUGUGCUUUGGCGAGUGUGUGAGAAAACUGCACUGUCUGUGCGAAUUUUUUCACAGUCGGUCCACAAACCAAGAACAGGGAUCAGAAGACAAACAGGAUUAAAAACCAACUGAAGCUCAUGUUCAGCCGCUGACAGGGUCCAGUGACAGACCCAUGCAUCACAGGUCCUUUGUUAGUGUGUUCACCCCCUACCCUAACUGAGGCGUGUUCACCUGUUGAAUUACACUGAAAACUACUGGAAACAUGGAGGUAACCCAACACUUUGUAGUUUCUAUCAAAUAAGAGGAAACAGCACAUAUGUUUGGGACUAUUUUCAUUGGCGGAUGAAUCCAUUUGGUCUCUGUUGAAUAUUUGUGGCAGCAGGAUGAUGAAUGUGGAACUGAGUCAGAGUAAACUUCAGUGUGUGUGCUCAUAUAAUAAGCACAGGGAAGUUCUGCAGCACAGAGGAAUGAGGAUAUACACAUGUUAGUAGAAGACAUUCACUGUUGGUUUGUAUCUGGACACAAACACACAGUGUCCACAGACUUGUCCUUUAAUUUUGUUAGCCAUUGUCUUGCCCCGACAACCCGUUCCAGAAGGAAAUGCAUCAUAUUAUGGCAGUAAAAUGCCUUUAAAUUCUCUAAAUAAAAAAACAAAGGAGAAGCAGUGUAAAGAUCAGAUGGUCUGCUGUUAAAAUUCACAAUUUUAAGAACGUGUAUCAACAUGUUUGUUUUAUAACCAGUUUACUUGUCAGAAUGCACUCCUUGCUAGCAUGUGUAUAUUUUUAUAUGUAUUGUUGUAAAUACAGGCUACUGUGACAAUUCUAUUUUCCUCUUAUGUAGACUGUGAGGAACAUCUUUAAUGUGUGUAUUUACAGGAUGAUGAUGCAGACUUUUCCUUUUUUAUUCUAAACUGUUGCAACUGAGUCUGAAGAUUUGGCUAAACCGAUCCUUUAUGUUGUAAACAUCAUCCAUAUCUUGUCAAACAACCCACAUGAGCUUAUGGCUUGGACUGAGUCUGCCAUAUAUAGUCACAAAUGAGUGUCCUUCGAGGUGGACGACAGAUGUGGUUGAAACUCCGGGAAAAGUAAGUUCACCUCAACAUUGUGUUUUUCAAUUGAUGUCAAAUGUGGUUUUAAAAAAAAAAACAAAUGUGUAUUUGUAAAAAUGUUACAAAACAUUUACUGCAUUGUCUUUUUAAGUAUCAUGUUUGCCGGCAAGCGGUGUGGGCGGCGUCUUGUAUCAGGUUCCACCCACAUCUGCAGCCAGAACAACAACAACAACAACAAACAAAAAAGCAUGGAGUGUGUGUGACGGCUGCACUUUCUGUGACCAGCACUUAAAAUCUUUAAUAAAUAGA